UUCUGGAACUACGCUCUUGUUGAAAGGCAACUCGCAGUGAAGACUGUGACCCUCAGGAAGAUGAUCAAACCGUUCGAGGCUUAUUCCGUAGUGUGGACCUGCCUCCAAACUACUAGCCUCCAACACACACCCACCUAUUACACGUCGCCUUUAGGUCAAAGGUCGUUCCCUUCCGCGGGUAUCGCGCGGGAAAUUUUAACCCCAUAAACACCUGGGCACUAAAAAAGAAGAGCAGGCCCUUGGAAAAAGAGAGAGAUGAGCAAGGCUAAAGAAGCAGCAGCUCCUGCUAAGAUACUGCAGUAUAUGCUGGACCAAAACAGACCAUACAGUGCAGGAGACGUAUUCAACAAUCUUCACAAGGAAUUUGGAAAAACGUGUGUUCAGAGGUGUCUGGAUCAGUUAGUGACUGAGGGUAAACUGGUGGAGAAAACAUACGGAAAGCAGAAAACCUAUGUCAUUAACCAGUCUCAAUUUCCUGAUGUUGAUGGAAGUGAGUUGAAUGCCCUCGACAAAGAGAUAGCUGAGGUGCAGAAACAGCUGCAGGAGUCCCAGUCACACUGCCAGCGUCUCAACUCAGAGUUGUCUGCUUUGAACAGCUCCCUGACCGCAGAGCAGGCCAGCAACCAGCUUAGAGAGCUGGAGAAAGAGACAGGAGAAAUGAACAAGCAGCUCACAAAACUGAAGUCAGGUGACCGGGUGAGCCCUGAGGAGUGUAAGAAAGUCACCAAGGCCCACACGGAGGCUGUCAGACACUGGAGGAAGAGAAAGAGAAUGACUACUGACAUUGUCAAUGCAAUACUGGAGGGCUACCCAAAGUCCAAGAAACAGCUCUUUGAGGAGGUUGGCAUAGAGACGGACGAGGACUACGGUGUGUCAGUACCAUCAUAGACUCACUCACUAUUGUAUGUUCCUCACACACCGGCUAUAGCCUUACCUCCAUUACUCUUUCACUUCUCUGUGUCAUAUACAGUUUUGUGUAUAUAUGUGUCAACAAUUUAGUCGCACGGCAAAAGCCAUGUUAUUUUGCCUGUGUGUAUGUAAAGGGGCUACAGUUUCCAGUAAAACAUG